AUGUCCGAGAACUCGCCUGCCGACAAGAGGCCCCGCCCAGAGAGCAUCACCACAAAGCCAGACAUUGACUUCGCUUCUGACGAUGAGGCCCCGACCCCGGCGACUGCUGGUCCUCCCACUAUUUCCCCCCAGCCAAAGAAGGUGAGCUUCCAGGAGCCCGCCAACGACGACGAGACUCCUCCGCCGAAGCCACCGCGACCCAUGAGCCCCAUGGCCCAGGCAGAGGCCACCCUCAUCGAGGCCUUUCCAGACACCGAUCCCAAGGUCGUCAAGGCCGUGUUGGUCGCCAGUGGCGGGAAGGUAGAGCCGGCCUUCAACGCCCUGUUGAGCAUGACCGACCCCAACUUCAAGGAAGAGGAGGUACCCCCACCGCAGCCACCACGCCCCAACCAGCCGCGCAGCCAGCUUGAGCAAGAUGAGCUGUACGCGCGCCAGCUGGCCGCUCACUUUUCGAGCUCUGGUAGCAGGGACCACCCGCAGCAGCAACACCGUCGCAUGCAGUCGGAAGAUGAGCGCGAGCAUAGCUUCUUUGACGACGACUUGCCGGUCAUCCAAGAGAACAUCAAGAAGGGCUUCCUCGAGACCCAGACCAAGGUCAACCGAUGGAUAACCGACUUCAAGAAGAAGCUGGAUGGUGAGGAGGAAGACGAGGCCCAGCCGGGCUCUAGCCAGGUCCCCCGCCAGAAUUUCGGCCCCUCGCAGUCAGACCAGCUGUACGGCAUCCGCAGGAGCGCCGAAGGCCGGCACAGCGCAGACCGCGAGCGCUACGACGCAGAUCCCCGUGUUCUCGGUGACGACUUCUCAACGCUCGAAUUGCGCGAUAAUGAAGCAGCCCAGAGGCGUUCUAACCGCCCGUCGGCGAACCCUGACCUGUUCAAAUCCACUCCAAAGCCGCCGCAGUCCGGUCCCGUUGACGAAGUCGAUGCGCUGUAUCGCAACCCUACCCCUCCUCGCCAGCCGUCGCCCGGUGCGAACAAGACCAAGAAGUGGCAGCCCUUGACAUCAGUGGCGCCUAAUCCCGAGGCGGACGAUCACGAUCCAUUCAGCUUGGGUGACAGCGACGACGAACAAGAGGCGAAGACAAAGGAUAUCAAGGCUGAGGAUACCGAAAGGUUGAAGAAGGCUGCUGCUGCGUCCGAAGCCAAGGAUACGAAUGAUUCGGGCUCGUCUCCUAGACCAGCCGAGAGGAGCGGUAGCGUAGGACAAAAGGAUAAAGUUGCCGAGGAGCUGUUGACCGAGAAGAAAUAG